AUGUACCUCUCGAAACGGCUAAAUCGCUCGUCGACUACUGGCGUCUGUACUACGAUUGGCGUCGCUUCGAAAAUCGAGCAACAAUUAAUGGUGUGGGUAUUCAUUUCAUUCACGUCAGAUCAGAACAUGCCAAUGUACUACCCAUCAUUCUUACCUAUGGAUGGCCUGGUUCCUUCAUUGAACUUCUUCACGGCAUUUGGAGGCAAGGCUGAAGAUGAUUUCCAUGUUGUUGGUGUACCAUCAAUUCCUGGUUACGGAUUUAGUGACAAACCAAUAGAAGCCGAAUGGAAUACGGCACGUAUUGCGAGAGCAUGGGUAAUACUUCUGCAACGUUUAGGAUAUCAAAAAUGGGUUGCUCCAAGUGGUGAUUGGGGAGCUGAUGUAGCAACAAUACUGGGUUUUAUACGGCCUAUAGGACUUAUCGGUAUUCAUCUCAACUUCCAAUACGUUUUCCCGGACGAUCAAUCCGAUAACUUCUCAUCUGAUAAAUAA